AUGUCGGACUCAACAACAAUCAACAACACGCUCGCCAGCCCAAUCGGGUCCCUUGCCUCCAGUCCCGGCAGCACCCUUGCUUCCCAAUCCGACACUCCUCCAGCGCGGCUGAGCGCCAGCAGUGGCUUUGGCUUCGCCUCCGCCUCCGCCUGGUCUGAGAUCUAUCAGAAUGAAACUGAGAAAGCUCCGGCCACGCAGUUGCUGAGUAUUAGCGAUAAUCCCGGCCAUCUCGAAAGCGAUCCUUCCAGCCUUGUGGAGCACAGCCACUUCAGUGACGACUCUACAGACAGCAUGGAGGACUACGAUAUCGUCAGUGGAGCCAGCUCCCCAAGCUCCCUGUCCUUCCAAAUCGUUGAGCCAGAACGAGAGAAGCUCUACCCAAUCGCCAUCACCAUAUUCGUGGGAAGUCCACGUGCUCAGAAAGAUCGACCCGUCCAUCUCAGCUGCAUCGUGCUCACAUCAGAUUGGCGCCAGGACUUUUUUCCAAACUCGUGCAAAAACAAAGCCGACAAGGCAGUGAAAUGCAAAGACAUCAUAAAGUACAACGAGCAAUGCCUUCCUCAGAUCGCCAAAUUUGCCUGUGCAAUUUGCUCUGAGCCGACCCGCGCCCGAAAAUUCGUGCAUCAGCCCAUUAUGUUUACCCGAACCAGCAAAUCCGGACUGGAGGAUGGACCCCGACGCCGGCUGAUCAUGCGAUUGGGACAGCUUGUUCAUAGUCGGUGGAAGUUCCCUGACAUGAAUGCCACGCUUGGCGGUGCGGCGGAAGCUCAAGUCUUCGAAGUCGCCAUUCCGGUGUGCAACAGGCCAGCCUGCGGCAUAGCAGGUCGGACGUCUGCCCACCAACUCAUCCGGGCCAUUGUCUCGUCCAAUGCGGACUUGGACCCAUCAGUGCUGGACCUUGACAUGGUUAUUCCCUUGGCUGAUUUAGGGGCUGGCAUAGGAGAUUGGACGCCAGAAAGAGCAGAAGUUUUGGUGACGAAGCUAGGGCCAGACUGUGUGCCUCUGGAGGUGCAGUCGCAUGUCGAAGCAUGA